CUUUUUGUUCUUUUUUCCUCUCCUCCCCUCAUUCGCUUCCUUUGUUGUUGGAUUCUUUGUUCUUUUCUUGUCUCGUUUUCAGUGUGUGUUGUGUGCGUGCGUGUGUGUGUGUGUCUCUCUCUCUGUUGUCUGUGAUCGAGCAACACAACGGAAAGGAAAGCAAAACCGAUUCACAAUGGAGACGACUCUGCCGUCCCUGCCUGACAAUGCUGCUAGCAUGGCGUCAACGACCAAGCGCACAGCAGCAGACAUGGACACGGACGACGAGCCAAUCCACAUCGCAGGAGGACCGGACGAAGGCGCCGUACAAGCGUCGAACAGCGGUGCUCAACAGGCAUUGCCGCCUUCCGUUCACGCUGAUGCUGAUGCUUCUACGACGACAUUGAACAAUGGUGGGCAACCGCACGCAAAGCGAUUUGGCAUGGAUGACAACGACAGUCCUGUGGCGCUGCCAGUCCAAGGCGGAGACACGACGAGCAGCAGUAGCGGUCGCUCGGCCGACACAGUCACUGUCGUGGAUGAAGACCCGAGCAGCGAGGACGGCGAAGUCACAGUCAAGUCAAGUCGACCGCGCGCCAUUCUGAUUGACGACGAGGUGGACGAUGACGUGCGGCUCGGCGACAAAGCAGGAGCACCGUCAGGAGCAGCGGCACCACAGGAAGGGCUGCUGCCACUCCCUGCCCAACCGCAGCAGCAGCAGCAGCAGGCUCCUGCGUGGCUCAGUGCUCCGUACUAUCCACCUGGCGCGGGUCACUGGAACUACCAGCAGAUGCAGCAGCAACAGCAGCAUCAGCGCCAGGCACAACACUACUACCAAAAUCCACACCUGUACCAAGGCGUGCCGCCACCGCCCUUGCCACCGCCGUUGCCACCAAUACCGCCAGGAUACAUGCAUCAAGCAGCACCACCGCAGCAUGGACCGCGUCGGCAAGCACUCAUCAACGAACUGGUCCGAUGGAGCGUUUCUGUCAUCAAUGACUGCGAGGAAAAAGCCAAGCAAAGGCUUUCCAAAGCCGAUGUCGCAGACCAGGCCUCCAUCUACAACCUGCUCGAUGAGUUGAGCCGCAACAAGGCGGCUUUCGCGGCCAAAGUCCGGGAGCUCUCCGAUCUCGAGCUGAAUGCAAUCAAGACGCGCUCCAACGCCAACACAAAAACUGGCACGGAACGCUACCACUUGAUUCAAUCCGUGGUUCAAAACAGAGCCUUCACAACCUCCAUGGUUGCUCCUGUCGGGCCUUAUGGCCCCAGAGGCGGAGGCUACCCAUAUCCGCAUCACCUCCCCAAUCCAAACCUGCUGCAUCGAGGAGGUGCGCAGCCUCAGUGGCAAGCUCGGCCACGCUCCAAUGCUGGCGGGCAGCUUCCGGGCGAAAUCAAUCGGCACCGUGCCUUGUUGGGCACGCCCUUGGAGAAUCCCCUCUUCCGGCAUCGCGCGAACAUGACUCAGAGCGACGGCCAGCCGGCACCAGCGGGGCUGUUCGAGUACGCGCCGCUCAUGCCUGCCUUCCGCGCGGUCGAAAUUGCGCCAGCGGACUUGCCUAAAAUCAUGGACGCCAUCAUGCUCAAAGACCACAAUUUCGACACAAUGCCGGAGGCGGAACCCCCGGCGGGCUUGAAAACGACCCUUUUGCGCUACCAACUGCAAGGUCUUCACUGGAUGAUGGGCCAAGAAAACCCAGACAAGCUGAAAAAAGAUGCACCGUCUCUGUUCAACUCUGACGGCGAAGGCAAGGACGAUGCAGCGCCAUUUCGGGGCGGUCUGCUUGCCGACGAUAUGGGUUUGGGCAAAACAGUGCAGUCGCUUGCCCUGAUGCUGAGUGAUGAUGCCGCACGACCACGCUCUUCGCCGACACUGAUUGUCUGUCCUCUCUCCGUUGUUGGAAACUGGGAAAGCCAGAUUGCGAAACACGCGCCCGGGAAGCUGACGGUGCGCAUUUACCACGGCCCUGAUCGUGCCAAGCAGCACGCAGCUUUCCGGAAUGCCGACGUGGUUGUGACCACGUACGCACUGGUUGGAAACGAAUGGGAUUUGCACAUCAGGAACCCGUCCACCGAGUCUUUUUUGCACACGGUUCAAUGGUGGCGUGUGAUCUUGGAUGAGGCACACACCAUCCGGACAAUCAAAACGAAAAUGGCCAUCGGCUGCUGCCAGCUUCCAGGCGCGCGGCGCUGGUGCUUGACUGGUACCCCUAUUCAAAAUUCUUUGAAUGAUCUGUUCGCGUUGGUUCAUUUCAUGCGCAUUCCGCACUUUUCCCAAUCCCACAUCUGGCAAAGCAUGUUUGGAAAGCGUGCCCCACGAAGCCAAUCCAACCAAGAAGCUCUUCAGGGACUGAUUAGCAACAUUUGCCUGAGGCGCACCAAAGAUUUGAAAGUCAACGGCAAACCCAUCAUCGAGCUUCCAGACAGGAAGGUCUUCUCGGACGAAGUCGAUUUUUCGCCGGAAGAUCGCGCCAAGUACCGCGAGCUUAGCGAGCAAACAUUCAAAGAGUUGCAGCGUUUGAUGGCCGAUGUGGGAAAACACUACAUGAGCAUCCUGGAACUGCUGUUGCGCCUGCGACAGUUUUGUGACCACCCUUCGCUGGUCGACUCGGUCAUGAACUGGGACAACAAAGGCGAAUCAACUGCCGCGCGACUUGAUGCAUUCAUUGAUUCCGGCAACCUCGUGGAAUGCAUGCAGUGCGACGAGCCCGUGGUAUCGGCCUACCUCACUUCUUGCGGCCACCUGUUUUGCAACAAGUGCACCGACUUGGCAGUGAAACGUGCGCGGUGCCAUUUUUGCGAAAGCAAAAUCACUGAAGCGGACGUCAAGGAGCAUCGUGCCGCGCCAGUUGACCAGGACGAUGACGACGAGGAGGUGGUCAUUUUGGCUUCCUCGCGAUUGUCGUCUGCUACGUCGUCGUCUUUCUCCGAGCCAUCCACCCCGGCCGCGCGCUCAACCCUAUCCAAUGCAAGGUCGAGUGACGCUGUUCCCUUCUACUCGGCGCCGUCCUCGGCCGCAGUAUCCGUAGCUUCCUCCGCUGCAGGGUCGCUUUCAAGCACUCCUAUUCCCACUGCACUUACACCGACGUUUCAGGCCCAGGAAACCUUGCAACCUGACACUUCGAUCGACGAGCCAACCGCGGAUGUUGGUGAUGAUGCCGAGCCUGUCAUCAACGUUCGCUCCUCGCGCAAGCGGUAUCAGCAAAUCUCGGACGACGAGGACGAAGAUGUUGCCCCUGCCACGGCUUAUCCAGCCGUGUCUUCCACCUCUGGUGACGAGCCAGGCUCUCGGCACGUCUCGUUUUUGCGACAGACCUAUCCAACUCCACUGAGCUGCAAGAUGGUACGACUCUUGCAAAUCCUGGAAGAGACGAGAAACACCGACUCCACAAUCAAGACGGUCGUGUUCUCUCAAUGGACAUCAAUGCUGGAUCUGCUUGAGCAACCUCUCGCCAUCAACAAGUUCCAAUUCACUCGUCUUGACGGCCGGAUGGGUCGCAGGCAGCGCGAGAAGGCUUUGCAGGCGUUUGACUCUGAUCCUGCAGUCACUGUCUUUUUGAUUUCGCUCAAGUGUGGUUCCCUCGGUUUGAACCUGACCGCUGGCAGCCAGGUGGUGGUGCUCGAUCCAUGGUGGUGCCCGAGUGCCGAAGACCAAGCAGUCGAUCGUGUUUACCGGCUCGGACAGAUGCGCCCCGUUGUUGUUCGGUCGAUUUUUGUGCGCGACACUGUCGAAGAAAGCGUCCUGAAGCUGCAGCAAGCCAAGCGCGACCUGAUGCAGUCGACCUUUGCCUCCAAAGAAGAGGCGGCGCGUCGGAACAAGGCGCCGGGUCACAACGUCAACUUUUUGUUCAAGCAUCUCGAAAAGGCUCGUGAGCAGGACAAGGCGGACAGGUCUGUAGAAAUUGUAGUGUAGCCAAUGUCGUGGCUUGGUCCUUCUCGCCGGAAUUUUGUACUUUGCCAGAAUUUGUACUUUUAGCAAAAAAUUGGCUGUAAUCUUGAGCAAAGCGUGACACAAGCCGAAGCGAAGGACAAUG